AUGCAUAUUUUGUAUUACAAUCAAUACACAUAUCCUGGUUUAAGUGCCUCUUUAUCCAGCAAAUCAACGCAAGCUAGCAAGCAAAAUUCAGAGGAGGAAGUGGUUGAAAAAAGAAGAAGACAUAUAAGGGGUUUUAGUAAACAAAGUGAUUUCACAACUGCUCCAAAGACUCAUUAUAUUAGUUAUGAACCUGCACAAAUACAAGAAGAUGUCCAGCUGUCUCAGGACCUUGUUCACAAGCUUGACACAAAAAAGAUGAUUGGAGAUAAGUAUGUAGCAAUGAUCAUGAUAAAAAUGGGAAGGUUGAAUAGUCAGGAUCCAUCGAAAGUAACAGUUGCUAAGGAGAAAAUAGAUGUUGCAAUUGAUGAAGUGUUGAAUCCAUAUGUUACAAAAAUCAGGGAUGAAAAUUAUGGAUGGAAGUAUGGUUGUGGAGCUAAGGACUGCACAAAGUUUUUCAUGCUACUGAAUUUUCGUACAAACAUCUUCAACCUUGCAUCUAUGCAUACGCACAAACAAAGACCUAAAACUAUGAGGUUUGGGCGUGAGAAUCACAAGGUUUGA